AUGAACUCACAAUCGCAAUUAAACAAACCAUUCAAACCCCAAGGAGAUAUUGAAGAUGUGCAAAUUCGAGACUUUUCAGUUUAGUUUAAACCCCAAAAUUCAGUUUGUAAAUUUAAGAUGACACAAAGGGUGGAUUUCAUCUCAACGUUUUACACUGGUAAUAUACCUUCAUCACAGAAAGCUCCUGUCAAAGGAAUACUCAAAUACUGA